UCUAUUAGCGCAGGUGGGAACAGAACGAUCCGGGCAAAUAUGGCGAUUCAUGGCGACGGUUAUAUUGCGAGCGGCACUUAGCUGAAUAUCUGGAAACUUUGGAAGCGAGCUACUUCGAGCCUCAAAGAGAGAAAUAAAGCAGAUAAAGCGAGUUAACGGGGAGGAUGGCGAAUCUGCCCUACAAGAGGACGUCGCGCAUCAUAUUCCCAUGGCAAUUAUACUUCCGCAAUUCCCGCAUCUCACCGAAAUUUACCUCAACUUUGGUAUGAUCUAUAUGGACGACGGUUUUGAGUGGCGGGAUUUCGAAUUCUCAUUGGAGGAUUGCAUAAGUCUGGGGGAAGGAAUUAAAGCCAGCCCGAAAUUGAAGAAAUUCAGUUUAACCCGCAGCAACUUGGAUCAGCACCGAAUCGCCGCUAUUCUUCAAGGAAUGGUGUCGAACGAUAAUAUCGAAGAACUGGAUGUGUCGCAUUGCAAGUUGAUGGACACCGGUGCGCACGCAGUGGGCGAAUUUCUAUCGAUGCAUCGGAAAUUGAGAACUCUGCAUUUGACGAACAACAAUAUAGGGCCGAUUGGAAUGGCUGGGAUAGUUCACGGAAUAUUAAAAGCAAGCUCGACUGCUCUGAAAAAUUUGGAUCUCAGACUGAACCCCCUGCAAGACCAGGGAGGCGAUCACGUAUGCGCUCUUCUAGUGAGAAACAAAAUUUUGGAAACUUUGAACAUCAGCGGCUGUGAAUUAGGUUCUGAAGCCGGCAUAGCGCUUGCAGGAGUCCUUUCUUCCGGUUAUGUGCAACUCGAGACCUUAUCUCUCGAUCUAUCAAACAACGAUUUUGGAUUGACUGCUGGAGAAUCAUUCGAAGCGGCCAUGACAUCCUGCUCGUAUAUUAUCCACUUGGAUGUUCGAAUGUGCAAUUUCUCGAAAGAAUCGGAGUACUCAAUCAAUGAGAGCGCGUACAGGAAUAAACAAAAUAUGAAAAAGGAAAGGAAUAGAGCAGUGUUUUCCCGAAGUAGAGACAACUAUAAUUCAUCUAGCGCCAAGAAUCUGCAACAACAUCCGGAAGCUGGGCCGUCAUUCCCAGAGUCGACGAAUAUUGCGAAUCAUUUUACUGGCAGACAAAUCAAUGCCGAUGAGCUGGAAUUGGUGAAAUCAAUUCUCAGGACCUGGCGUAUAAGCAACCCCGUCUAUUAAGGGAAACGGACGGGCUCUCUUGGUUAUAGAAAAUUUAAGACGCCGUUUGGCAGCGACGCCACGAGCGAUGAAUCCAAAGUAUUCAGAUAAAACUAAAGCGACCAUAUACAGGCUCCGUACCCAUGGCCAGCUCGGGUUCCAAUAAAACUAUUUCUCGAAAAUCGAUAUGACGCUUAU